UAUGAGUUCCAUAAAGAGCCAAACCAAACCCUUUCCCUUUCAUAUUUUACCAAACAGAUCGCUUUGUAAAGUAGCUUGCUUAUUAUUAUAUGCACUACUCCUCAAUGGCUUCUUCUUCUUCUUCUUCUCACAAAUCCAUCCAAGAUUACAAACUAAUUAAAGCUGAAGAAGAUGAACAAGGAGGAGACUGGCUUGAGCUAGGGUUAGGGUUAGGGUUUGGAACAGCAGCUUGCAGGAAAGUGGAAGAAGAAAAUCAUCAUCAGCAUAGAUCAAACGACCCGGUUUCAGUUCCUCUUUCCUCUUCAGUACCCUUGCAAACCAACCAGGAGUUAGGUUUAGGGUUAGGGUUAGGGUUAGGGUUAGGUUUAAGGUUUGAUAAUGAUGAUGGUGUCUGCAGGCGUGUACUGGCGCCGUCUAGUUUUAAUUAUCACAACCUGUUGUGGCCAGAUCGUUGUCAUCAUCAUCAUUACGAUCAUGAUCAUGAUGAUCAUCAUACUGCCAUGCCUUCAUGGCCAUGGCAUGUUGAUGACUGGCAAAUGCCGGUUCCCGAUGAUACUCAUCAUCAUUACUACUCCACAACAAGACCCCAUUCCACUGGUUUCUGGUUUACCCUCCGCUCCUUAACCAACCGGGACGGGGAAGGGGUGCCUCAAAUACCGAAGGCGUACAUUAGAGUGAAGGACGAGAACGUGACGGUUUUCAUGGUUAAAAAGUACCUGGUUAGAAAGCUUGGUCUCUCCAACGAGGCUGAGAUUGAUAUAUCAUGCAUGGGGCAGCAGUUGUUGCAUACACAAAGCUUGAAGCAAGUAAGAGAUGCUGUUUGGCUGCCUAGAUUGUUAGAAUCUGUAGAUUCAACUAAAUCGUUUGAAGACUCUAAUGAUGGGUCUACACAACAUUUGAUGUCUUUGCAUUAUAGCAGACGAUGCGAAUUGGACUGAGAUUCUCUUGGUUUAUUCAAUUCCUUUAUUUGGGAGUAAGUUGUACAUAUAUGUAUGCUUUAUAAUUAAGUAAUGUAUG